GAUGCCGCGCUCUCCCGCGCUCUCCCGCGGAUCCCGCUUUCCCCAGCCUUUUGGUCUUGUCCCUUGUGGGUGGCCGCCGGGAGGGACAUCCCGCCGCCUCCCGCUCGCCUCCGCAGCCGCCCGGGCGCCCGACGACAGCCAGGUGAUCCAUCUGCCAUCUGUGUUUUGGACACUUCCUCAUAAUGGAGUUCCCUGAUUUGGGGAAGCAUUGUUCAGAAAAAACUUGCAAACAGCUAGAUUUUCUUCCCUUAAAAUGUGAUGCAUGUAAACAAGAUUUCUGUAAAGACCAUUUUACUUGUGCUGCACAUAAAUGUCCCUUUGCAUUCAAGAAGGAUGUUCAGGUCCCAGUGUGCCCACUUUGUAACAACCCUGUCCCAGUAAAAAAGGGAGAGAUACCAGAUGUGGUGGUUGGUGAGCACAUUGAUCGAGACUGUAACUACCAUCCUCGGAAGAAAGAGAAGCUUUUUAUGUACCGGUGCUCGAAAGAGGGGUGCAAGAAGAAAGAGAUGCUGCAGGUGGCCUGUGACCAGUGCCGUGGCAGUUUCUGCAUUCAGCAUAGACACCCUCUGGAUCACAGCUGCAAGCACGGGGGCCGCCCCGUCGGCGCAGCCAGGAUGGCAAAACAGAAGAGAAAAGUUACCGAAAUGACAGAGGAAAAGAACAAAAAAUUGAAGAAGGCAUCCACAAAAGAGAUCCAGCUGGCUCCUCGAGCCGUGUCGGGCACCAAGCGAGCGCACCCCGAGAUGUGUCCUUGGCCUUUCUCACUGCUUCCUGGAUGUGCCCAGUGCCCAGAUGCAGAUGCACGUCCUCAUCUGACCGACAGCCAUGGGGUGCACCGAGUGGAGGCCUGCAGAGGUGACUUGAACGCACACAUUUCUCCAGAGGGAGAGAGAGCACAAGUAGGCAGAGAGAGAGGGAGAAGCAGAUUCUCCACCGAGCAGGGAGCCCGACGCGGGGCUCGAUCCCAGGAUCCCGGGAUCGUGACCUGAGCCGAAGGCAGACGCUUCACGACUGAGCCACCCAGGCGCCCCAGAACCUGUGCAUUUUAAAAAUCUACAUGCGAUGAAAGUGACUCUUCUUGGCGUAUACUGCAAACACCACCACGCAGCGCACGGACGGUCCCAUCACCCACUGAAUUCCUCUGUGCCAUUUCUUGGUGCUCAGCCCGCCCCUGAGCCACAUCGGGCAACCCCCGCACCAUCCCUCUCGUUCGGACUCUCGUGGGAUGUCAUGGGAAUGGAACCCACACGUGUGGCGCCUUUCGCGUCUGGCACGUUUCGCCUCGGCGGACGGUGUCCGAGACUCCCCCGUGGUGCACGGGUCGCUGAGUCGUACCCCAGCCGUGCGUCUGCCGUUCCCCUGGCAUGUGGCUCUUUCCAGGCUUGGGCUCUUACAAAUACAGCUGCUUUAAGUAUUCGGGCACAGGGUUUGUACGUGAACGUGCGGUUCUGCAGGCGAGCAUGAUACUGUUUCCUUGGGUGAGCACUUACGAGUGGGAUUGCUAGGCCUUGUUUUUGAAAAUGGCAUGUGGUACAUUUGACAUGUGACGUGUUAUAAACGUACAGCGUGCAGCGUGCGACUUUGGUACAUUCAUGCACUGAUGAUCGGCCGAUGUGAGACUGUCUGUGUUCAUCAGCUGUGCAGCAGGUCCCUGGCUUAGUCACUUGUGUUUCUCAUCUGUGCCCUCGUCUGACCCCGUCCCACCCUUUCACUGGCUCGUUUUUGGUUUUUAAGAUUUAUUUAUGUAUUUCAGAGAGAGAAAGAGCAUGCGAGCGUGGGAGGGGCAGAGGGAGAAGGAGAGAGAGUCUCAUGCGGACUCCACACUGAGUGUGGCGCGAGCCCGACACGAGGCUCAAUCUCACGACCCUGAGAUCAUGACCUGAGCCGAAACCAAGAGUCGGAUGCUUAGCCGACUGCGCCCCCCAGGCGCCCUGGUCUGUUUUUUAAUAGGUUUAACUUCUCUCGAUGGAUAGAAGUGGAUAUGUGAUGUCCUACAGGACUCGUCCUCCUCUGUCGUUGAGGAGCAUGGCGCACUGCGAGCCCGUGUGUGCUGCCCGGAAGGGCAGUGUGUCCUCCCUCCCGGCCGGAUGCCGUCCUGCUGUGUGUGUGCUGCACCGUCUCGAUCCGCUCGGCUGCUGAUGGGCGCUGGGCUUGCUUCUGUGAGUGUGUGUCUCACUUGAUGCGAAGCUGCCAGUGUUUGCCUGAGAGCCUGUGAUGUUUUGCAUCCCUGCCAGAGCCUACACUUUCCAGCACGGGUGUUAGCUGAGGCCCCAAAUUCCCCUGGAAGACAGGCUGACCCUCUGAGGCAGACCCCUGCCUUGUUCUGGUGCCAGUUUCGGGCCGAGAACCAGGGUUUCGGGGGCCCUUUUCUGAGUCACAUGAAAGGGCUGCAGGGUCCAGCUCUGGGGUCCCCUGGGAGCGCUCCAAGGCCAGAGCCUUGAGAAUUUUGUGUUCUUUACAGCAGCUUGUGGCUGUAGCUCCUUAAAUAGGCUUUCAGAAUGGGAGGAGCGAGCGGGGCGGCUUCCAGUGGGUUUGCGCUCCCUCGGUCCCCCCACGGGCCCUGGGUGGCGGUCCAGCUUUUGCUCCACGGGGCCUUCUUCCAGCAGCCACUCCUCACGCGUACGUUGUUACGGGCCUGCAUUUACGUCCCAGGGAGCUCUGCUCAGGGCACUGGGCACCUGGAUUGUUCGGUGUUUUCCCUGCGUCCACAUGGCCCUUCUUGUCACCCCUGUGGAUGAGUAACGACUCGAGUGCUGGGACCCCACUGCGGAUGCUUACGGUGUCUCUGAAUUUUUGCUGUCCUUCUUUGCUGGGUCCUUUCCAGGUCUGUGCUCAUUUCACAUGUGAUCCCAGAAAGGCUCACAGACUGUUUCUAUAUGGAAAGAGCAUAAGCCUCUGAGGUCAGGAGUCUGCUCAGUGACUGUGCCGUGUCCUCAGCCUGGCUGGCGUGACCUUCUGCCAGGGUCUCCGAGCGCACCCUGUCCCUGUGGCCCCAUCGGUCUCAGAUGUGAACCUCUGGGCAGUCGUCAUCUGGGGUCCCGUCAUCCACAAGCUCUGGCUUGUUUCUCCACCACCAGCUCCUAAUGUUGCAGGCGCGUGAGAAUGUGGUAGGUGCGCUCCGUGCUCCAUGUUAAUCUAGUGAGUUAUAGGACCGAGUGCCGGGAAGGUAAACUGCUUUUUGUCCCUGCCCCUUGGGAGGAUUCCUUCCUACUCUGUCCCAAGGCAUCAGCCCCUUUCCCUCUUGGCCAGCCCCUCCCUCUCCUGCUCCCCCUGGCAGGACUUGGCUUUUGUAGCGCCUUCUGGGCUUGGCUGCGUAAAUGUUUCCAUUCCAGCCCCGUCUUCUGUGCUCCCUGCAGACGGGGAGCCGUUGGGCCUCAUGAGUCACUCUUCAGCCCAUACAUGGCCAGGCCCUGUGCUGUCCAGCCCACCAGCUUUACGGUGGUGCAGGGUGGAGGGCACGAGCUUUCGUGGACACUGGGCAUAGGGGGCCACCCAAGACUCAGACCCAGAUGGCGUGUGGGAGGCGGCCCCAGCCUCCCAUCUCUGGCCCCCACCUGGGGACUGGGAAGGGAGCGUGACCGGCUGUGUGGCCCUGCUUACCCAUACUGCUUCUGUGGGGACCCCGUACCGGGCGUCUGCCUCCUCUCCUUCCUGGGCGUGAAUUCCUGAACCAUUCUGAAUGUCUUCUAUGGGCUUUGGGGAAAAUAACCUCCCCGAAGUGUAAAGAUUAAAAGGUUUCCACUUUGCUCCUUUGGUGUCUUCCGAGACCUCCUCUGUCUCUCCUGGACACACUCAGGCGCACGCGUGUGCACACACAUACCUCUAGGAGAGACAGCUCCUCCCUGUCCGACCUGGUGCUGGGGCACCUGCUCCUCGCACGGUGGACGUCCCUGCCUGGACAGAGGACCCUGCCUCGCCGCCAUCCCCGCAGCUUUCGUGGACACGUCUUGUGUCCCUGCGUAAGCAGGAGGCCAGAGCACAGCUGUGGAAGGCUUGCCCCUGUGAGGGCAGGCAGAGCCCCGGGCUUCUGAGCCCCCACGGGCUCUUCCUCUGACCCUGAGCACACUCCCCCGUGUCCCCUUGCUGCUCAGCAGCCGUUCAGAGACACCGUGAGAGUCCCUUGUCUGUACUCAAGGCCCUUCUUUUCAGCUCGCCUGUGAGAAGCUUCCCAAUGGUCUGGACGGUUCUGAGGGCAGAAACGAUGGGGGUCUCCUGGCCUAGGGGUGCCCGUUUGUGUCCACCCACAGCCCUGUCGUCCUUGGUGGUGGCCAGGACCUCCCGGUGCACUGGGAGCAGCCUCAACUCCCAGAGCUGAGCCUGAGAGAACCGUGCUUUGGCAAACUCACCCCUGGUUUAAAGAUGCACCCUCCAUCCACCCGUUCCCACACACUUACCGAGCACUCGUGAGGAGCCUGGCCCUGGCUGCCGGCUGCCACUGUCCUGUCCUCAUGGGCCAUCGGUGCCUUAGCUGGAGAACACCUGUAGCUGGCACCUGGCACGGGAUGGGGCGAGCCAAACCGUGUGCCCCAUGGAGCAUCGCAGCAGAGGCGCCUGCUGUAGGGUUUGGGGGUGGGUGGGUGAUCUGGAGGAGGGUCUGAGGAAGUGGACGCUGUCUGUCAGAAAGUGGGGGCUGUACCACGACCGGGGUCCUGCGUGGGCUUGCCUGAGGGUGGGUGUGGCGUCACUGGUAAAGAGGCGGAGCUCACGUUUGGACCAGACGGGAGGGUGUUGACGUUCUGUGGCCUUCCGCGGUCUGCUUCAUGCCGGUCCCAGGACGGCAUCUGACGCUGGCGCUCUGUGAGGGCCGUGGCACGCCGUACGGCCAGGCUGGCUGCCAGACCCUUGUUUCUGUCCUUCCCCACACGGCCCCUGCGGUGAUGCCAUGUCCUGCGCUCUGGACCGCAGCGCCUGGCGAGGGGUUGCUGUGGCCCUUCGGACCCCUCCCCCGGCGGUCUCUGCCCUGCCAUCCCCAGCUCUUACGUCCAGCCCCGUCCUCUGCUGCCCUGACCUUCCUCGGGCCCCCGGCUGAGGGGCACGUGCAGGGCCCAGCCCUGUCCCCAGAGGUCCUGGAGGGCUCUGCUCCGUGGGCUUCCGUCAUUGCCCUGUCCCAGCAGCAGGUGAACACCGCCCCUCUGUGCGGUGGACAGCCCAGCGUUUCACUCCAUAGUGGUCUUGCACAAAUUGAUCAGCUCCUGGGUGUGUGUCAACAGCAUGUCAGCCCCGAGCAUCUUUGUGAAGAUUCUGUCAGAUGAGGGGGCACGUGGGGGUUCCACAUACAGAGGGGAUUCAGGUGGUCACGGAGAGCCAACUGAGCGUCACCGGAACACAAAGCCUGCCUUGUGCAGAAGGCUGGCUGCCCCUGCUUGCCUUGAAAACUUGAACCUUCCCUUCCUUUCUAGGCUCCACCCUCUGGGUGGAACACUGCCGGGUCUGGGCUUCCCGCCCCGCCCCGCCACGGUUGUGGAAAGAGGCCCCCCAUUCCAGGCUUCGCGCCCCAUGGAACAUAUACGUUCCAGAUGUGCCCUGUGUAAGACGUUCACUGUACUCUGCCAGACCGAAAGCUCUCCACGUCUGUGCCCCAGGAUGGAGACGCAGGGCGAGGAGUGCCCCUGGCAGCUUCGGUCGGCGCCCAGAUGUGUGUGCUGACAGUCGAUAAUAAGCUGCUCUGACUCCGUCUUCUGGACACAGAACUAGAGCCACUAUCAGUCUCUGCUUAGUGAGGAAGACCUGAGCAGUCCGCUCAGUCACUUCCAGGUCGAAAUGCUAGGAAAAUAAGUCUCAUUUUAGUUUUUACUGGAGCCAGCCUAUAGUUUAAAGGAGCCUUAGUUUUCAGAGAGAAAUGGCGCUCAGCCGUGAAACCACCCGUCAGCCCGCGCUGUCUGCCAGUGCUUGGUCCCAGUAAGCCGGCGGGGGAGGGGGGCACCCAGAAGCAGGGAAAGAGAAGAAAGCCGGGAGGGCCGGCAGCUCACCUGUGCGGGGCCCCGGCGCGCCUCCUCCGUCUCCAGCCUGCACUCUCCUUCGGCUGCUCUGGGCUCGCUGGAAACGGCAGGCACAGACCGACAGUCCUGUAAGGAAGACGGGAAUUCAGUCUUAAGUCACUGAAACCACACACGUUGCAUUUUAAGGAGAGUGUGGCUUGGCCAUGUGACCCAGAAACAUUCACAUCGGCCUACGUAGCGAGGUAGCCUCGUCUCGUAGACAGAAGAAGUAAUGUGUGUGCCUGUGCCCCCGGUGUCUGUGGGCAUCCAGCGGUUUUCCUGCAGACUCCACACACUGGCCCGUUCACAAAACGGUCCCUCCCAGAAAGUGUGCAACGUCUGCAACUUAAAAUAGGACCUAAAACCCCACCCAUAACAUAGGGAAAAGUGCUCCCGACCUGUGUAGCCGGAGGGAAGUCCCCUGAAGCUUCCCCCUUAGUGUGCUCCGCUCCAGGGCCAGCAUUGGUGCCACCCCGACCGGGCACUGCCCUCUGUCCCCUGACAGCAGGGUGGACGUCAGUGAGCCCGAGUCCUGAACACACUGUCCCGCAGACCUGUGCCUGGAGCCUCACUCGGGGUCAGGCAGAGUCAGGGCGCUGUUGCCUGCACGGGUCAUCCACAUCUGGUCACCCGCGCCCUGGCAAGGAGGCUGGGCACAGGGCAGGUAAGCAUUUCGGAGGGAGGACAGGGUCCACACGGUCCUGAGCCUUGGGGGAGUCAGGAAGUGGCCUGGGAGCCCCCAAAUUCCUGAUGGAGAGGACCUGCCUAAAGGAAGCAAGGGCUCAGCAAUAGAUUUGGAGGCCUGUGUGCCUUCCCUGGCCGCUGUCCCCGGGCCAGCCCCAGCUGGAGACGCAACAUGCAGAGCCUGCUUUACGCACCUGCGUCCCUUUUGCAGCUGGCCCUGCAUAAGGUAGAGGAGCACUUGGAGGACGUUCUAUGCAGCACGCAGCCCCCUGGGGUCACUGAUGGCAUCCACGGCCGCGUGAGCUCCAGGGAAAACCCACAGAGGCCCUAGGGAGGCAAAGAAUGCCCCUGGGGGCCCCCUCGGUCGCUGAGCCCAGGCUGGGGUCAGAGACCAUGUUUCAUCUGAACAUCUCUUACAACUUGGACCCCCCACAUGGGUCCUACAGUGUUGUUGCUGAUGAGCACCUGAGAGCAAGCCGGCCUGGGGCCUCUGUUCCCAGAGCCCCGGGUCCGAGCAACUGCUUGGGAGCUUGCUCAGGAGUGGGAAGCCUCAUGGAGGCUUGAGGACGGCCCACAGGGGCUAAUCUCCUCUAGAGGUGGGAGACCUGAGGCCUGGAGGGAGAGGCUGGGUCCCUGUCAAUGUCACUGGCCUGCGUCCGCCUCUCGGCUCCCAGGGUUACCAGGUGCCUUGCUGUUAGACCCCUGUGGCCAUCAGCCCCGCCUACGGGUACCCGCAGGGAAGGACCCAGCCUGGAGUCAGGCCCUGACAAGUGUGUGUGGCCAGCAGGGGAAGCAAGGUGCCCCGAGCUGCUGCGUGGCUGGCAUGCCUCCCUCAGCCUGCUGGUGUCCAAGCCCUUGUGCACGACCCUGGCGAGCUCUCUGGGCUCUGAGUGUGAACGUGCAGCUGGUGACCGUGGGCCUCCCACCUUUCCUGUUGUGAAUGGGUUUACAGAGCUGUGCCCGGUUGUUGGAAGGAUGCCUCGGGGUGAUGGAGCUGGUGGGUGGGCCUCAUCGGGCUUGUCAGAAGCCUGGCUGGGCUACGUGGGGCCAGGGCACUGCCGCAGGGAGGGGUCCCUCCUGGGGACAGGAGGUGUGGUGGGAGCCCUGCUCCAUGUGGAUGGUGCUCAUGUGUGGGCUCUGCUGGCAUCAUGGGGACGUUGCUCCCAUAAGUGAAAUCUGGGGCCGCCUUAGGCAGAGUGAGUCCCCAGGGAGCAGUAACCACGUCUGUCCUACGCUUUGGGGCAUCCUGCCUCCUGCUCGCAUGAGCUUGGGGCUUGGGGGUUUUGAGAGCCCCGAUUUAGCGAAAGAAGCCUACCCUCUGGACUCUCCCAGCCUCGUGGGCAAAUGUCUGAGCUACUGAAGAGCGACGGGCCCAGCUGGCCCAGCUGGCCUCUCCCUGCCCUGACCUCCUGCUCUUCUGUUAAGCUGAGAAAACCACACUGUCCUCCCCAGCUGCCUCCACUGGGAGGCCUGGUGUAUGGUUUGGCUCCUUUCUGCAGCGUCCGAAACACGUUCCGUCUGCGCCGUAGCUGCUGCUGGCCGAGAGGCUGCGCGGCCGCCACGAGCUCGCACUGCCGGCAGCCAGUCCCUGGCCGGCGGGCCGCGAGAACCACCACAACACAGGAGCCUCCUGUUCUCGUGGGCACCUUGGCCGCUGGGCCGGCCCUCCGCGGGCAGAGGGGUGAAACACAGGGCAAACACAGCUGCUGAGAGAACCACCCGCGCUCAUAGCCUGAAUUCUGGUCCCGAGGGGAGGGGAGAGCCGGAGGCGUUGAGGUGGGGGUGGUGAGGGCAGGCCGGCUAGCUCCAGCCAGAUGCAGUAUUUAUGCCAGUGCCGCGUGUGGUCAUCUGAGGCUUAGAUAAGCGGGCCCACCUGGAUGUGUGAGGCCAGGGACCGUCGUAAAGGCAGGUUUCUGCCAGACGGCGUGAGCCGCACAAAGAGAGGGUCCCGCGUGGGUCUGACGUGGGCCGGCCUCUGCAGCCCAGCCCCACAUCCAGCCUGGCCUGGAUCCCUCUCCAGCCCACCGUCCAUCUACCUUUCGGACAUCCCAGCACCCUCCUCCCGAGGUGCCUCGAGGACUCGUCCCCACCUUCUGUCACAUCCUGUCUUAGCAUUUCCGUGGAUCUGAUUUACUCCCCGCUGGAUUGUCUGAGCCCCGAGGCUGCAUGCUCUGAAUCAGGGUUGGGGUGCAGGAAGACAUGGCUUCUGGGACGGAGGGCUGUGCCGCCUCAUCUCCUGGCCCGCCCCAUCCCUUGUGCGGCCCACGCUCCCUCAGUGCCAAGUGCAGACGCCAGCGAGGAGGUCGGAGUGUGUCGGAUACUGGACAUGAGCGAAAGCCUGAAAGAAGGUGUGCCCUUGACCCCACGCCCUCCCCUGCCCUCCCUCUGCCCCCAGAGCACAGGGCCUGCCUGGCAGCUGGGUGGGCUGUUCGACUCAAGUGGGCACUGGCAGCGGUCUGCCUGUGCCCGCAGCUCCUCCCGAGUUUCUGGCCCCGUGUUGAGAAGGCGAUGGGACCGCCCAUACAGGGAGCAGUAACUCUCCCACCCGCCCUCUGUCCCAGAACACGCUGUCUUGGGACGUCUCAUCCUUGUGUGUGAGCACCGGACGGUCGGACUUCGUGUUCUCAGCAGUAAGAGCAUCUGCCCUUGGCUUUGCCCACGGCCCAGCCCAGGUUGUGGACAUGGCUGUGCUGUACGGCAUGGCCUGUCCAGACAGCCUUCUCCCACCGGCGUCUCGCACACCCGUGUUCACAGCCGCUCUCCUCACACUGGCCGCGGUGGAAGCGGCCCAAGUGUCCGUUGACGGAGGAAUGGAUAAGGAAACGUACACCCAUGCACUGUAUAGAAAGGAGUGGUGGACUGACACCUUCCACAGGCUGGAGGGACCUUACCAGUGGGCGAAGCCCACCACAAAAGACCACAUGUUCUGUGAGUCCACUGAGGACGUGUCCGGGAGAAGUUGGUCCAUGCAGAUGGGAAGAUUAGUGGUUGCGGGGCCUGGGGGGAGCCGCCUCUCAUGUCAUGUUCUGAAAUACCGGCACUGAUGACCCCCUGCGUGUGUCUUGACUCUUGUCACUAAGACACCUUUAUGUGUUUAAAAAUGGCUUUAUUUGAGAUAGACACCAUAUAACUCCGCUGUUCUGAAAAUACAGUUCACUGAUAACUUAGUAGAAGCCCUCACCACAGCCCACUUCAGGGACCUCUCCGUCACCUCGGAGGGGUCCCACCUGCCCAUGUGCAGCCGAUCCCUGUUCCCUGGCCUUCCGCCCCCACUCGCCACCAAGCUGUUUGUUUUACUUUCCUUGUCCUGGCUGUUCAUUCAGCAAGAGAAAGAAAGAGUAGGCUGAUGAUGGAGUUACCGAUCUCAGUUCCAGCGCAGGCCACAGUCUGGGUGUUUCUCUGCAGCUUUGUGGGACGAUGGGAGCCUUGGCAGGCGUGCAGACAUGCGGGUGCCCCCACGGGUGCUCCUAGCACAAGGAGCCGAGCCACUGCCCCAACAGGCGGUCUGUCUGCCCGCGUACCCGCGGUCGUCCUGCUGGCUCUUUCCUGAUUUAUCUCCAUGCUCAUCUGGCCUCGGUGGUCACCCAAGAAUCUUGGAGCGAACCCACAGCACCAAGUAAUGGGGCCUUUCAGAUGCUGGGGGGACUUGCUUGGGGUGUUUGGACACAUGUUUUCCUGAAGAAAACCAUGUUCGGGUUAUUUGUGGCUCCGACCCUGACUUCCAAGCCCCUCAGCCUGGCAGCCUGUCUCCGCAACCGUGUGGUGAGCGCGGUGCUGCCCUUAGGGCCCCAGUGUUAGGCCCACUGAGCCCUGUCUGGUGGGCUGUCUCCUCACAGAUAAGGCGCGGUGUGUGCAGAGGUAACAGAUGUCCACAGAGGAGGGGAGGAGUGUGGGCUCCUCCUCCGGGGGGGUAGGGGGCCGGCGCUUUUUGGGAGCGUCAUUCACACCUGGUGGAAUCGUGAGUCCACUGCACGAGCGUUUCCUUGAUCUUGGAAGCCCGGGAGCGGGAAGGGCCUCACAGCGAUGGGCCCCCUGUCUGUGAUGGAAGUAGUUUGAGUGCUUCAGGAGACGGGCAGCCCCCACGUAGCAGAGGUUGGACCCGUGGGGCCUUCCAGCUGGCCGCGUGUGAGCAGGCCCAGAGGCCACGGGCCAGAGUGCUUUCCGCUUCCAGACUCCACCAUUCACCAGCGCCUUUUUAGAUGGAAACUUUCCCAGCGGUUUUUAAAAAGCAGGUAUAUGGGGCGCCUUUGGCUCAGGUCACGAUCCCAGAGUCCUGGGAUCGAGCCCCGCGUCGGGCUCCCUGUUCGGCGGGAAGCCUGCUUCUCCCUCUCCCCCUCCCCCUGCUUGUGUUCCCUCUCUCGCUGUCUCUCUCUCUGUCAAAUAAAUAAAUAAAAUCUUUAAAAAAUAAAAAAAAAUAAAAAGCAGGUAUAAUCUUGCAGCUGUUUCUUAGUUACCUCUCUAGCCAUAGCACUUAAGCUUCCUGAUAUGUAGGACGUUGCAUUAAAUGUUUGGCUUCACUCGGAGAUCAGAAAUCCCAGCGUGGAGCUGCCCCGUGAACAGCAGCGUGCCGAGCCUUAACUGCCCAGAAAUCCAGCGUCACAGGCCCUCAGCCGGCUACCGUCCCGCGGGCACCUGGCUCUGCCGGCUCCAGUGUGGCCGCCUGGGGCUGCGCGGGCUCGGCGUGGGCAGCGGGCGCGAGUGCGCGUGUAUGUGCGUGCGGGGCGGCCCCUGGCGGACGGAAGGCUGUGUUUUUGUAAAGGCACCGUUUGCGGUGAAUUCGAAGAGCCUCGUGGAGUGUGGGCCUGUGUCUGCGGGGAAGAGUUCCUGAAGGACAAGUCCCGUCGGGGUGUGUAGCAGGGUGUCUGCUCUUCAGCAGCUGGUGUGGGGGCGCAGCCACCGUAGGAGAUCACGGAGUCACGUCACGGAACGGGGCCCGCCCGGCCCCAAGCACGUCGGCGGUGAAACCGGUGGGAAGCAGCGUCUCGUGGCGGGAACGCGGGUCCCAGCGGCCGGGGCUCCGCGGGCAGUGCUCGGCCGCCCUGCAGAGUGAGGGUCCGCCGACGGCCACUGGAUGGAGCUCUGCAAACACGGCCGCUCCGCGGGGCUGGGAAGUAGUUCGAGUGGUGGUCCGUCCGCUAGAGCUCAGCACAGCCGCGCCAGGCUCCGGCGUCCCGGGCGCCGCGGCUUAGGUCCUAGGGUCACCCGGCGUGACCGGCAGAGGGGCCGGAGGAGCCUCUCGUUACGUGGCCUUAAAUACCAGGGGCACGGUUGGGGAUGCAGUGGGCACUCAGCAAAGCUUUGUCCUCAGGACCCCAUCUCACACGCGUACACGGUGGACACAGUAAGGCGCAUCGUAAAAGUCUUCAAACUGCGUAUUCUUCAUUAAGAUAAAAUGGGUAUCUUCAAAUUCUUUCGUUCCUAGAAGACUCCGUCACUUCGCAACUUGACUGAGCGCUCACUAGGCGCACGGCAGGCUGACCUCUUGCGGAGGGGUCAGGACCCCCCACAGCUGCCGGAGCCACCAGGACACUCCGCUCUGUCCUCAGCCCCCAGGAUGUGGUCGGCCAUUUUUAAAUUUUUGUUCCCCAGGAAGAGUGACGUUGGCACGAGUUGUAAGGCUGUCUCUGCUCGCCUUGGGG